ACAUUAUUAGAAUAAGCAAAAGGAGAUUAACAUACAUAAAACCCUAAUCCAUAAUCCAAUCUCAUCGUUGUUUUGAAAACAAGGAGAUGGAGGGAUGAGACUUUGAGAGAUAACCAAACAAAUAUUAUUUAUUUAUUUUCAUAUACGAACCCAAACCCAUAAACAAAAACAGUAAACCAUUCAGUUUCCGUCUGCGAUGAUGAAGAAUGAUGAAGAAAACAAAGACGAUGCAAAAACAUGGGGAACUUGGGAGGAGCUUUUGCUAGCAUGUGCUGUGAAACGCCAUGGUUUCAAGAACUGGGAGUCUGUUGCCAUGGAACUUCAAACUAAGACCUCUCUACCGCACCUUCUAACCACCGCUCAAUGCUGCAGACAAAAAUAUCACGAUCUUAAACGUCGGUUCAAGGACGAACAACAAGAGCACGAACUCGAACCACCUCCUAAAUUCGUUAAUAUUCCUUGGCUUGAGGAGCUUCGCAAGGUUCGUGUCGACGAGUUGAAACAAGAAGUUCAACGUUACGACCUUAACAUACAUUCCUUGAAGCUUAAAGUUAAGAGAUUAGAAGAAGAGCGAGAGCCGCCUCUUGAUAAUAAAACUACUCAACAGGAGCCAGAUCUCGACGACCGGAAUAUCGUAAAAAAGGAUGAACCGGAGAAAUCGGAAGAACCGGAGAAAGUAUGCAAACGGUUGGUUUCCGGUGAAGAGUCCGACAGAGAUAACAGGUCGGUGAAUGAAUCAAAUUCAACGGGAUUGAGCGAGAAAGUCGGAGACGUUGAAAUCAUUAAGAACGAAAGCAAAGUGGUUGGAUCCGGAGGGAUGGGAGGGUCGAAGGCUGUGGAAUCGGACGAGUUGGGUGACUCGGUGACUCAGCUGAGUAGUGAUGUACAGAGUUCAUCGAGUUUUGGGAAAAAAAGAAAAAGGAAUUGCGGUGAUAGCAUCAAGGGAACGGAUGUGAAAUCAGAACCGUUGAUUAGGUUGUUGGAGUUGAUUAGGACCCACAAACAUGUAUCCUCAUUUGAGCGUCGGCUAAAAAGCCAGGAAUCGAAUAAGUACAAGGAGAUGGUGAGACAGCACGUGGAUCUUGAAACAAUACAAAUGCGAGUUGAACAAGGCUCUUAUUCUUCAUGCAUUCUGGCCUUCUAUAGAGAUGUGUUGCUUCUUUUCAACAAUGCCAUUGUUUACUUCCCCAAAUCUUCGCUUGAAUCUUCAACUGCUUUUCAACUUCGUAAUUUUUUCUCCAACGAGAUUAAGAAGGAUAAUCUUAAGUCUGAUUCUUCACAAGACCCACCACCACUACCACCACCUGCUUCGUUGCCACCGCAGUUGAAACCUCACCUUGAAAGAUCUGAUUCAUUGCUUGCUAAACAUAAACAAUCUUCUCCCAUUAUUUUCUGUCGCAAACGUACUUCUGUUUCUACUAAACCUUCCACUUCUUCUACCUUUGCUCGACAACAACAAACUGAUGACAAAAAGCCGCCUGCUGAUGUAAAGCCAUCUGUUGAACGAAGCAGCAGCAGCAGCUUGUUGAAGGUCAAACCGGAAGAGAAAGCUGUAACAACUGGUGCAAGAAGCUCUAGAAGAAGCAAUAGGAUUCCAACAACCAAUACCGAUAAUACCAGUGCUACUCCGAGUAACAAAAAAGAAAACGCCACCUCGGGUUCAAAAACUGGUUCAGGUUCAGGUUCCGUUGAUAAACAAGAAACCCCCAAAGCAGAUAAGAAGAAGAGUGAGGGAUCAACCGCAUCGGAUAAAAAGAAAAGUGUGGUGGAUUUCUUGAAAAGAAUUAAGAAAAACUCUCCAGUGCAAACAGUGAAAAGAAGUAAAGGAAGUGAAGAGCCGAAAAAGGAUAAUAAUAAUAAUAGUAGUAGCAGUGGGAAGAAAGAAAAAGGGAAAGAACGGGCUUUGUGGAAAAGUGGUGAGAAAAGACAAGCAGCAGCAAAGGAGGAAAAUAGUCCUUCAAAGAGAAGUGUUGGGAGGCCACCGAAAAAGACGCCGGAGACAAGUGGGAAGCGUGGGAGAGAAAGUAGUGGAAAGGAGACGGCGGCAGGGAAACGCCAAAGUAAGAGGGCUAGAAGGUGAGAAGCGAAGGGAACGAUGAGGGUUUGAUUUGGUUGUAUAUUAUUGUAUUGUAUUUGUAGCGUUAGAAGUGGUAGGCACAUCUUGCCAUCACUCUAUUUAUUUAUUUAUUUCUAACAAUUUACUAUCUA